AUGGACAGUCGCUACGUAUUAAACAGCAUAAAUGGCAGUAAAAAGAACACUAAAACAGAAGUGAACAUCCAGCAUCUUGCAAGACACUUAGGCAAGCAGAGACAAAUCACUUUCUGCUGGGUUCCCGGGCACUCUGGCUCCCAAGGAAACGAUAGGGCUGAUAUGCUGGCUAAAAAGGCCGCCAGCAGCAACCAACUAUCUAUCACUUUUGAUAAGCUCCCCAUCAGUUAUAUACACAGGUACAUAACAGAGAAGAUCAAUAAAGAAUGGCAAAAGGACUGGUCUAACUUGUCAACAGGAAGGACUACCUACUGCUUCUUACCAUCCAUCACUGGUCGCCAAGCCAUGGGCUACCUCACCCCUUCCUACUGCAUGACUCAGCUUCUAACCGGCCAUGGGAAUCUUCCUAGUUACCUACACCGCAUCAAGAAAAGAGACAAUAAUUACUGCAGCUGUGACAACACGACAAUAGGUGACAUCAGCCAUACACUCUUGGACUGUCCACUGUAUGAUGCACCUAGGGGCAAACUAAUCACUCAGUGCGCGGAGAACGGCAAGACUUGGCCUCCACCAUGGGAGGACUUUCUCAGCACCAAAAAGAACUAUUCGCUGCUUGAAAAAUUUAUCACCGAGUGCGGGAUCUUCGAUCAUUCCAGCGACCAGGCCUGUAUGGAGGCUCACAGUAACCGGCCACCACUCCUCUACGCAGGGUGA